AGUUUAGGGGUCAGCUUUGGCGCACAAUUUUGCACAGUCACACCACAAAGCUCUCGCUCAGCCUCAGUCCAAAUACGCAACUCGGAAGUGAUGUGAUUUUAUUGAAUUUGGCACCGUGACGUGAGCUGAAUUGUGUUGAUCCAUCCUGGAAGCUGCCGAAGAGGGUGAAGUGAUAAAUUUUGCUACGAUGACUCUGCUGGUGGUGUUGGUGUUGUUUAUUACUGUGAACUUGUUGAAUGCACUUGCGCUGGUACAGCCACCACCGUCGUGCAGUGUUCGGUUUGAUGAAAUCAGUCGGGGGUUCGGGAUUUCCAAGCGGACGUUCAACGGAGUUUCGUACUGUGAAUUCCUUGGAGUUCGGUACGCAGAAGCACCCAAAGGUCAUCUGCGAUUUGAAAAUCCGGUCUUGUUUCGACCACGAGGGGUGCAGAAUUACACCAAAUCGGGCAACAUUUGUCCCCAGCUGGAUGAUCUGAACGAUGCUACCAAGGUAGUUGGCGAUGAGGACUGUUUGGUUCUGGACGUGUAUCAACCUGCUCCAAAAGAUGAACAGAAACUCCCAGUGUUGGUGUUUGUUCAUGGGGGAAGCUUCGCAGUCGGAUCAUCUACGAGUGAUUUCCACGGAGUUGAUCUUCUUGUAGAGAAUGGAAUCAUCGUAGUCAGCAUUCAAUACCGAUUGGAUCCACUGGGAUUCCUACAGUCGUCCCAGUUCAACAUCAGUGGAAACUUUGGCCUCAAAGAUCAACGCACCGCCCUGCAGUGGGUUCAGCAGUACAUCCACCUCUUCGGUGGCGAUCCCUCCCGGGUAACCCUCAUGGGCCACAGCGCCGGAGCAGCUUCCAUCACGUACCACCUGUACUCGAACAGUUCCAAAGGACUGUUCCAGCAGGCCUUCGCCCUCGGCGGUUCCAUGCUGGCACCGUGGGCCUUCCUGUACAACGCGGACAGCUAUUCACGGCAAUACUUCCGCGAUCUCAACAUAACCUCAAUCGAACAGCUGAAGCAGGUCGACUUCCGGACAUUCUGGAACGAGGACAUCAUCUACCGCUUCGCCACCGUAAGUUACGGAUUCUGCGUCCCCAGUGCCGAGCUGGACCACCCACAAGCCUUCCUCACCGUACCUCCCCAAGAUCUGAUCCUGCAGAACCCCAUCAACGCCGUUCCACUUCUCUUCGGCCAAUCCUCAGAAGAGUUUGAGCUGUUCCUCAGUUACGUCCACGAUUACUGGAUGGGAGAAAACUUCCCCAACAUUCACAACGAAACGCUCAAAAGCUUCAUCGAUACCGUGGUAGACCGGGCGGCGGAACUUGCCGAGCGUGAUGGAAUCGAACUGGAUCGGAACAUUUUCUACAUCGAACUGGCCAACACUGCGAAUUGGUUCUUCCCAAACAAGAACCUCCUGAAAGAGUACUCCCGGAGGGUCCCGGAAAACACGUACUUUUUCCGGUUUCAGUACGAUGGGAGGUUCGGCUGGUUCAAACGGGAGUUUCACGAAAAGUUGGCUGGCGUUAAGCAUUACGGAGCGAUUCAUGGGGAUGAGCUGGGGUACAUUUUCACUCCUUACAAUGUUCGAGAAGCGCUGGCGAACAGGAGUGCAUUUGAGGAUGAAUGGAGGGUGCACGAGAGGACAGUCGAGUUGGUGGCAAACUUCGUUAAAUUUGGGUCACCAAAUCACCAAGAAUCUAUGCCACAUUGGCCACCGUAUGAUGGAAACUCGGAAGAUCCGAAAUAUUUAAACAUUGAUCGAGAGUUCGAAGUGCGAUCGGAUAGGAAUAACCUUUACUAUUCAUUCUGGGGAAUCAUCUACCGAUGUUUGUACUACUACAACUGUAGCGAUAUCGAUGAGCUUUUGUGGCUAGUGGGAAAGGCUGAAAAGCUGUCACAGUGAGUUGGAGUCAUGUACUACUGAAUUUUAAUAAUAAAGAAGCUUUAAUAUUUUUU